AUGCCUGUCGACAUUAGAAACUUUUUUGGCGGAAGCCAGCCGACGAGUUCCAAUAAACCAAAACCACCGGCCAAAAAAACUGAGGAUGCAUCGUCCUCGAGGAAACGAAGAAGCAGAAAAGUAGUAGAGGAUAGUGAUGAAGAUGAAGAUUUUGAGCAAAAGCCUCCCUCAACAAAAGCUCAACCAAGGAUACCACAGAAACUUGAAGAACCGAAAGGCGAACCUACAACAAGUUCCGCUUAUUUUGCGUCCUCCAAGAAGAUUAAAGUUGGUGAAACUCAAGACUCCAAGGCAGGUGUAGCUCUAAAGGAGAAACCAAAUUCUAAACCAAAAGCGACACGGGAUGAGCAAGCAGAUAUUCCGGUUCGCAUUCAACCCUCACCUGGUAAGACACAACCAAAACGAGAGUCCAUUAAAACUACUCGCAUUGUCAAAGACGAAGAGGAUUUUGGGGAUGAUGAUAUUUUUGCGACUGGUUAUCGAAAGACAGGAAGGGGUGGAGAUGACGACUACCUAGAGGAGGAUGACAGUGACGAUUUCGAUGAUAUGGAAGUGGAACCUCCAAAGGCUGCAAUUCCCCAAUCGAAGGCAACAAAAAGCAACCUGAAAAGUAAACCUGAUAAUAGGUUGAAGAAUACAGAUACCAAGGACACGAAAGCCCAUUCAGUUGGACGAAAACGGAAGUCAGAUGCAUUAUUAGGCGGAGAGGAUGAAAGUGAUGACUAUGUUGAUUCUAAGAAGAGGACCUCUCGUGUCCAAUCCCAGAAAAGCCCUUCCAAACCCGCCGCAAAGAAACCAAAGGCAGCAAAAAUGGACCGCGUAGAAGGCAAACGAGUCCAGGAUAUUUUUGAUAGUAUUCCGACAGUCCGCCCUCCAUCUCCGCCUGCGAAAUCUGGUACUACGAAAUUCAAUUUCGCCAAGCGUUCUAGAGAUCCGGCCGACUCUGGCACAACGGAACUGCCCGUGGGUGCUGAAAAUUGCCUCGUUGGCCUGUCGUUUGUCUUCACCGGUGUUCUUAGUUCAUUAGGGCGAGAAGAAGGCCAAUCGCUAGUGAAACGUUAUGGUGGGAAGGUUACUACAGGACCCAGCUCCAAAACUAGUUAUGUCGUCUUGGGUGAUGAUGCAGGGCCCAAAAAACUAGAAACCAUUAAAAAGUUUGGACUGAAAACCAUAAACGAGGAAGGCUUAUUCGAAUUGAUCAGGAGACUUCCCGCGAAUGGAGGAGAUGGAAAGGCUGCCGAACAGUAUGCCGCGAGGCAAAAGCAGGAAGAGCAAAGAAUCAGGGAACUGGCAGCAGAAAUAGACCGAGAAGAAAAGAAACACUCUGCAGCUUCUAUGACGCCAAAGAAAAUGACAGUGAGCAGCGGAAAUAAGCCAGAGCCUGCCGCAAUUGAUGAUCGUCUUUGGACAUCAAAGUACGCACCAACGUCACUUAACAUGAUCUGCGGAAAUAAAACCGCUGUGGAGAAGCUUCAAUCUUGGCUUCGAAAUUGGAGGAACAGUGCCAAGGCAGAUUUCAAAAAGGGAGGGAAAGAUGGCACUGGUAUUUAUCGCGCAGUUAUGAUACAUGGCCCUCCCGGUAUUGGGAAAACUACAGCUGCACAUCUUGUUGCCAAACUUGAGAAUUAUGAUGUUGUUGAAACCAACGCAAGUGAUACUAGAAGCAAAGGCCUUCUAGAAACAGGCCUCCGGGGGGUGCUAGAUACAACUUCUCUUCAGGGAUACUUCUCUGGUGAAGGAAAGAAAGUUGAUAGUGGCAAAAAGAACUUGGUUCUUAUUAUGGAUGAAGUCGAUGGGAUGUCGGCCGGAGAUCGCGGCGGUGUUGGAGCGCUUGCAUCCGUGGCUAAGAAGACGCGAAUCCCGAUGAUUUUAAUCUGCAACGAACGAAGGCUUCCUAAAAUGAGGCCGUUUGAUUCCGUCACAUUCGACCUACCAUUCAGACGGCCGACUGUAGACCAGAUUCGUGCACGGCUUUCUACGAUCUGUUAUCGUGAAGGGCUAAGGAUUCCACCACAAGUUCUCGAUAGUCUAAUCCAAGGCACGCAUGCCGAUAUCAGACAAGUAAUUAAUAUGUUGUCUACUGCCAAACUUGAUCAAGGAACCCUUGACUACGACCAAGGAAAGCAGAUGUCCAAGGCUUGGGAAAAGCAUGUUAUUCUAAAGCCCUGGGACAUUGUUGGCAAAAUUCUGAGCGCCCAAAUGUUCGCCCAAAGCUCUCAGACGUCACUAAACGAGAAGAUCGAACUCUACUUUAAUGAUCACGAGUUCAGCUACUUAAUGGUGCAGGAGAACUACCUCAACACAAGACCAUCAAUUGCGAACGCGUACCAGGGCAGAGAGCAAAGGUUCAAGUUGUUGGAGCUAACCGACAACGCAGCUCAGAGUAUCAGCGAUGGUGAUCUGGUGGAUCGACUGAUACAUGGAACGCAGCAGCAGUGGAGCUUGAUGCCAACUCAUGCAGUAUUCAGUUUUGUUAGGCCUGCCAGCUUCAUGGCUGGGAACAUGACAGACCGCCCGGGAUUUACAAGUUGGCUUGGAAAUAAUAGCAAACAAGGUAAAAUGGGACGACAGAUAAAAGAAAUACAAGGUCACAUGCGACUACGAGCUUCUGGGGACCGACACGAGAUCCGACAACAAUAUAUGCCAGCCCUGUGGAACAAACUGGUGCGACCGUUACAAAUUGAGGGGAAAGAUUCGGUUGAGGAAGUCAUAGAUUUGAUGGACAGUUACUUCCUCACGCGCGAUGACUGGGAUAGCAUUGUUGAACUUGGCCUCGGCACGAUGGAUCAGAAGAACCUAAGCAUCGACUCGCAAACAAAAGCCACUUUCACACGCCUAUAUAAUCAGCAAUCUCAUCCCCUGCCAUUCAUUAAGGGCACCAGUGUCGUUGCACCGAAGCAUGUCGCCAAGGAGAAACCUGACCUUGAGGAUGCGAUUGAUGAGUCGGAUGAAGGCGAGGAGAUCUUGGGUGAAGAGGAAACUAAAGACGAUGGAAGUGAUCUUGACCUUAAAAAGGAUAAAUAUGUGAAAAUGCCGAAGAAAGCUGGGGCGAGAAAGAGCAAAGUUGCUACGACGGAGCCAAAUGCAAAAAAGCCCAAGAAGAAGGUUGUUGAUGACGAUGAUGCCGAGGAAGAUAGCGAUGAGGACGUCAAGCCAAAGAAAGGGGCACGAAAGAGUCGCAAGUCCAAAGGAACGGCAUAA